AUGUCGAAGCACUUGGAGAUCAUCAAUUUGUCAUUUUUGUUGGAACAUGAAAGGGAAACAAUACUGGGAGUAUUGAAGAGAGAUGAGUAUCUGAAAAAAGUUGAAGAUAAAAGGAUAAGGAAAUUGAAAAACGAGCUUCUGGAAGUGAGAAGGAAAGGUGGGAACCGCCACUGCCAACAGGACAACAGCAGGGUCUGCAUUCGCUGCCAGAAAAGCCUGGGCUUAAUCUUUGACAGAGGAGACCUGUGCCAAACCUGCAAACUCCGGGUUUGCAAUACGUGUCGUGACGUGGGAACUGACGGGCAGUGGAAGUGCUCAGUGUGUGCCAAGAUUGCGCAGCUAUGGAUAGUGACAGGAGAAUGGUUUUUUGAAGAGAGAGCGAAGCGCUUCAAACAAUCACAUCUUCUUGGAACUGAUGUUGUCAGACAGUCAAUCCUACACAAAUUCCCAGAAACAGUUUCCAGUAAGGAUGAAGGAAGAGCAUGUAAAGAUCAGCCCCAAGAGAAUGAAGAAAAAAGGCCAGAUGUACCAAUCUCCACCACAACUGGGCAUAAAUCAGUCUUCAGCAGACCUAGAAAGAUCGGGAAAGUACUCAGGGGGGCUACCAAAGGAGAAAUUAUGAGUGCAAAAGAUGAAGGUGAAAGGAACACAAGCUCAGAAGCUGAAACCCAAAGUGUGCGCAGUGGCAAGUCAACACCUUGCUCUGAGAGAGGGACCACUUUUUUACUGAACAGCAGCAGUGCAGGGGCAGUGGGUGCUGUGAACAGAGGAAAUGUUUCCCUACCUUCUUCUCUCCCCAGGUCUCCAGCACUCAGCACACGCAGCAUGACCGCAGAUUACAGCAGGGACACUGGCUUAGAAAAUGGCAUGAUUAUUCCAGCAAGUGAAAGUGUACCUGAAGAUUUAGUAAAGAAGCACUGUAGGAAAGUGUCUGGAACACCUUCCAUUGCAGUUUCAAGGGUAUCUUUGUCAUCAGAUCGUAGCCGAUCUGAGAUAGAUUUGAGUGAAUCUUUCUCUGAAGGAAAUGAGGACACUCUGAGCAUAAGAAGCAAAUCUGUACCUAGUGCCCUAGACCAGGAACUGGAUUAUCUGCAUGAAACAGAAGAAGAUAUUGAUGAUAUAGUGGCUUCUCGUUAUUCAAGGACACAUGGACAUAUGACAAGUGGAUUAUCAACAAAUUCCCCAGAAAGCUCCGACAGAAAGUGGACAUAUUUAAACGUGCCUGAAACAGAUGGCGAUACUACUAGCAUUAACAGCAUGUUGAGUGUAUAUAGUGAGACUGGUGACUAUGGCAACGUGAGGAUCAGUGGUGAAAUCCUUCUCAACAUUACCUACAGCUACAAAACAGGUGCCCUCAACAUCCUGGUGAAAAGUUGCCGAAACCUGGCUGUUGCAGAUGAGAAGAAGCAAAGGACUGAUCCAUAUGUCAAAGCAUACCUUUUGCCUGAUAAAUCCCGCCAGAGUAAACGCAAGACCAAAAUUAAAAGUAACAGCACUAAUCCAGAAUUCAAUGAAACGCUGAAGUAUGUCAUCAGUCACACACAGCUAGAAACCAGGACCCUGCAGCUUUCUGUCUGGCACUAUGACAGAUUUGGACGCAACAGCUUCCUUGGGGAGGUGGAAAUUCCGUUUGAUUCCUGGAACUUUGAAAAUCAGGGUGAUGAGUGGUUUGUGCUCCAGCCCAAGGUGGAGGUUGUGACAGAUGUUGGGCUUCAAUAUAAAGGAGAACUGACGGUUGUUUUACGUUACAUUCCCCCAGACAGGAACCUAAUGCUUCCUCUAGGCCAGUUCCAAGGCAAGAAGAGCUUUAAAAUAGGAAAAAAGGGAAACUCUCACAUGCCAUCUGGAGGUAUAUUGGAAGUCCUCAUCAAAGAAGCAAAGAAUUUAACAGCAGUGAAAUCAGGAGGCACAUCUGACACUUUUGUGAAAGGAUACCUGCUCCCAGAUGACAGCAAAGCUACAAAACACAAAACUCCCAUAAUAAAAAAGAGUGUGAACCCCCAGUGGAAUCAUACCUUUACUUUCAGUGGCUUGAAUUCAAGGGAUAUGCAUAAUGUCUGCCUAGAGCUGACCGUGUGGGACAAGGAGUCACUCUCCAGUAAUAUUUUUUUGGGAGGUGUCCGUUUGAGCACUGGAAAUGGUGUCAGUAAUGGCAAGGAGGUUGACUGGAUGGACUCUCAAGGAGAAGAACAGCAUCUCUGGCAGAAGAUGAUUGACAGCCCAGGAGAUCCUGUGGAGGGGACACUAAUGCUGAGAUCCAGCAUGAGAAAACGCAGACUCUGA